ACUUCCUUCCGGUUUGCUAAGCGGAGCCCGGAAGUGUUGGUUUUCGGCGGCUCUUGGGGUAGAAGGGUGGUGAAAGCUGCAGCGAGGGGGUCGCUGAGGUGCUCGUGUUCUCGUGGCUGUGCAGGGAUUUAACCACCACCAUGUCUAGUAAAAGGGCAAAGACCAAGACCACCAAGAAGCGCCCUCAGCGCGCAACAUCCAAUGUGUUUGCCAUGUUUGACCAGUCACAGAUUCAGGAGUUCAAAGAGGCCUUCAACAUGAUUGAUCAGAACAGAGAUGGCUUCAUUGACAAGGAAGAUUUGCAUGAUAUGCUUGCCUCACUAGGGAAAAAUCCAACUGAUGAGUAUCUGGAUGCCAUGAUGAAUGAGGCUCCAGGCCCCAUCAAUUUCACCAUGUUCCUUACCAUGUUUGGUGAGAAGUUAAAUGGCACAGAUCCAGAAGAUGUCAUCAGAAAUGCUUUUGCUUGCUUUGAUGAAGAAGCAACUGGCACCAUUCAGGAAGAUUACCUGAGAGAGCUGCUGACAACCAUGGGAGAUCGGUUUACAGAUGAGGAAGUGGAUGAGCUGUACAGAGAAGCCCCCAUUGACAAAAAGGGGAAUUUCAAUUACAUCGAGUUCACACGCAUCCUUAAACAUGGAGCAAAGGACAAAGAUGACUGAAAAGAACUUCAGAUUCCAGCCAAACGUUCCUUGUUGCCACUUUGGGUAUUUCUGAGAUUUUUCUCUUAGAGCCUGUUGCAUGCCCUUAGCUUUACAGCUUUUGCUUUUCCUGUUGUAUUUAUUCUCAGCCAUUUUGGGCAUAUGUAUCUUUAUAAUCAGACUGGAAAUGGGACUUUUUAUCACUUUCAGAAUAGAAAAUGUGGUAAUUUAACUUACCAGCUCCCAUCCCCCCAAUAACUGCAGUCUACAGAGUCAAUAUAUUUUUUCAGAGAAAGUUAUUCACUCAAUUUUUUCUGAACCAUAAUUAAACUUUACAAUAAAAUACUUGUUUAAACUUC